UACUAUGAAAUUUCUAAUAAUUUUAAUUGUAUUAAAUUUAGCUUUUUUAAAUUUAAAAGCUAAUGAAAUUGAACAAUGGGAGAAUUUCAAAAAGGAAUAUGGUAAAAAUUAUAGUCCAGAAGAGGAUGAAAUUCGUAAAGAAAUUUUCUUGAAAGCCUUACAUGAAAUCGAAGAACAUAAUGGAAAAUAUAAAGCUGGUAUAGUUACAUUUGAAAUGUCCAUUAAUGAAUUUGCUGAUUUAACUGAUGAUGAAUAUCAAAGUCAAAUUGCAAAUGGAAAAGCAAUACCAUCUGAAGAAUGGGAAUCAUUACCACAAAUAAAUAUAACAGCACGUAGUCUACCAAAUAUGGUUAAUUGGGUUGAUUUCGGUUUUCGUAAUCCAGUUAUAAAUCAAGGUAGUUGUGGUAGUUGUUAUGCAAUGGCAUCAACAGCAGCUGUUGAAGGACAUUAUUUUAUUAAAUAUAAACAAUUAAUACAAUUAUCACAACAAGAAAUUGUUGAUUGUAGUAGCAAUUAUGGUAAUAAAGGAUGCCAAUAUGGUUUUAUGCAUGCUACAUUGAAUUAUAUUAAAGACAAUGGAGUUGGUGCCGCAGCCGGAAAUCCAUAUCGUGGUGUUGUAGGACAAUGUAGGUAUAGCAAUCCAAGAUAUUAUAUUAACAAUUGGUAUAGAACAGCACAAAAUGAUGAAUAUGCAUUAAUGCAAGCACUCACUGUCGGACCAGUUGUUGUAUUAAUUAAUGCUGGAUUAAAUAGUUUUAAAUAUUAUAAUGGUGGAUUAUAUUAUGAUGCAAAUUGUUAUUUAAAUCCAAGUGGUAUUAAUCAUUUUGUUACUGUUGUCGGUUAUGGUGUAAAUAAUGCAAAUCAACCAUAUUGGGUAUUCAAAAAUUCAUGGGGUAGUAAUUGGGGCAGCGGCGGUUAUAUGUAUAUGGCACGUCAUGCAAAUAAUCAAUGUGGUAUCGCAUUCCAACCAAUGUAUCCACAAAUACGUUAAAUAAUAUUUUGAGGUUUAAAUAUGUGAAAAUUAAAAUAAUAAAAAUAAAAAAAUUUAUAAUGAUUAUUAAUUAAGUUGAAAAAGUAUAAUGAAUUUUUUUUUUCAUAAUUAAUUAAAAAGUCUUAUAUAUCAAGCUUUAUGGACGCGCCGCGUGUAGUGUCAUUAUUGAAAGUAUUGGCUUGGUAUAGGUUAUAAACUUUAUUAUUCAUUAAAUUUCUCUAGUCAUUUCAUUAGUUAUUUUUAAUUUUCGCGUUAUGAACAUUUUUUUUUUUAGUCUACACUAUAAACACGUUUGUUUUUUUCUAGAUCCAUGAUGGUGUUCCGUCAUGGGAAUAAUUAGUUAAUUUAAUAAGUUAUAAUGGCUAUUUAUAAACAAAAGUGAA